AUGGCUUCUCGAAUGAAAAAGAAUGUUGAAAUUUGGAAACAGCGGGAAGAGGACCAUAAACAAAAGCAAUUGAUCAACCCAUUCUCAGACUGGGAGGGUGCUUCUCACAGACAGGCAUUGAGUAAGGAUGAUCCCCGUUAUGGCCGACCAGUGGAGGGGUCGAAAACAGAGUACCGUGGAAAAAUGGCCGGAGAGCUGAUUAGCAGUGAAAUAAUCGAACUUUGUGGUGUUAUCGCAAAUAUUGGACAGAAACAUUCUAAUGGUGUGUACACAGUUCCCUUCGGCGAGUUAUUUGAAGCUUAUACAUUAAUCUCCAAUAAACUUGUGGGCAUGCUGAUGAGAGCGAGGAAACAGAAAUUGCUGGACUUUGAGGGGGAAAUGUUGUAUCAGAGGAGAGACGAUGAUGUGAUCAUCACAUUGUAUGUUUUACCCCCAAAAAACACUUAA